UGGCACUGUCAGAGUAAUGCCACGUACCGAGUUUGAGUCAGCAGUCAGUCACAGUCAGUAUUAUACCGCGCGUACGUACGUGUGUACAUAUACGUAUGCUCCUGCAAAACAGAUUACAUUCGAUCAGAGAACUUCACGAAGCGCAUAUCCGAAGCCAUACAAUUUCCAUUACUGUGCCGAAUCAUACAAGUGUUUUUUUAAUGCAUUUCUUCUCGUAGUUUUUAAGUGUAUUAAAUUAACAUCGUGUUAACAAGCACAGUGCAUGUGAUUGAACACGGAACAAUUUUUCCUUCCCAAAACACAAUGCAGUAGCGGGCGAUGCGAUGCGCUGCGCUGUGUUUCCAUACUUUUCGGGCCUUCGGCCGGAUCGACCACUGCUGUAAGCUGUAUUCUACAGCAUAUAUGUACUGAAAGCAUGUAAAAGCUGGAGACUCCGGAGGUCCCCAAUGAUGGUUAGCCGAGAGUCGGUAGCUCGAGGACCAAAAGUACGGGCCAGACCCUCCGCUGUGCAGACACUAUGUUAUUGUAAAUUAUGGAGAAUUCUGACCUCCGCACAUUUCAAAUCUAAUCGUUAUGUGUUAUGAUUCCUCGAUAACCGCGGGUUUUUCUAACAGAUUUUUAAAUACUCAUUGACGAAGAGGAUUGUGUUGGUCAGAAAGAAGGAAACUACGCACUCAAUAUUUUUUUGAAUAUAAAGGAAAAGGAUUGCCGAGAAAAUGAAGGGUUUAGAAGUAUCAAAAUUAAAUAACUAUCAAAAAAAAGUGUACAACGAAAUCCAAGAAUUGAUCGAACCCGAAGAGGAGACGGUUAUCACAAUCGAUACGCCAAGUGGGACAGGAAAAACAACUCUUCUAUGCUCCUUGGCCGUAAACAAUCCUUCGGUGAAGUUCCUCACUUUCAGAAGAGAUCAAGCAAGUGAGAUUAAAAAAAUGAAAAUCGACGCAUACACUUAUGUAUCCUUCAUCAUGCACCAUUUCAAUUUGACUUACACCCCCGCGCUUCAAAUGUUUCAAUCGUUUAGUACGGACAACGUUGCCGAGCUAUACAAUUUAUUAGUAUACUCUAAAAAAUUUGUUCAAAAUGAUACAAAAGUUAUUAUUUUGGAUACGUAUACUAUACCGUCACCGAGGAUAUUGCUUCUAUUGUUCAUAGUAUCGCUUAAAUGUAACUUGCGUUUAAUAUUCGCCGGAAAUAGCAUGCAACUAGGCGCUAUCGGGAAAUCUGUGUUCCACGAUGGAAGCAAUUUUCAUCUCAUUCAAAUGUUCACCGAUGUAAUGAUAAAUAAGUUAGAUAAGAACAUGCGGACACGCGAGAAAGAGCUUGAAGACAAAAUAACGAGUUUUCGUAAAAUUCUCCGACAGUAUAAACCAGCUGGAGACGUUCCAUUGCAUUUCAAUGUUCGUUACGCUCUUUAUACUAUUUUUCGAGAAAAAUACUUUACCCAAGAGUAUUUCGAUUCCAUUUACAUAGCUGCAACACAUCGACAGUUAACGUCCCGUUUGCUACGUUUCAUUAACUACCUGGAAUCAAAUAAUGUACCAUACAUUAAAGCACCAUUUUACUAUCACGGCAGAAAUGGUAUGAAACCUCUCGUCGUGAACAAAAAGAGGAAUGCAAAGAAAUUUGUUUCGUACUUACUAUUAGUAGAAGGAUAUAGGUACACAUAUAUAUCGCAGGAAGGCGAACAUCACGUUGUCAUAUUAGAAAAGAUAUUAUUUGAUCCCACUGGUUUAAUCCGCAGUCUAUUAGUUCGCCUUGUGAAAGAAGCGAGUCAUUUGGAACUUGUUCUUUGCGAGUUGAAUUAUUAUCAGAUUUUACCAGCCUAUCGUGAUUGGCUGUUGACAGACAUUGUGAGUACUGGCACAUUAUGGCAAUUUCCUCUGCGUCCGUAUACAGUAUUGACAUAUCAUGCUACCCUGGGUCGUACGAUCGAGAAAGAAAACGUGGAGCUUAAUACUGAGUGUAAGCUUGCUAAUCCCUUGUACAUUGGUCUUUGCUCUGUACGCUACUACGACAAAAUCUACAAAAUUCACGACGAACGUAAUCUUUCAAGUUUCUUGCUUACGGAAUAUAUGGAGAAGCAACGGAACGAUUAUAAGUAUUAUUACCGCUGUCCGGUAUCGGAUAAUCAUUUAAUUUUGCAAUCUGCUAAUACGAACGGACGUAAUCAGUACAUAGACAACAUUCAAUGGAACGAUGUAGAUUCCAUACCUAAUUUUGAGGUCAACGUAUGUACGUAUUAUAUGCGUAUCGAACGUGAAGUGUAUGAAAAUGUAAAGAUCGAAGAAAUGGAUACACCGUUAAUGCGAAUUGCGAGAUUUGUCAAAGAAAGACCAGACGUAGUAGUUAAUACGAUUAAAGCUGCCCCAGUCAAUAGUUUCAUUGGGAACAAUCAUAAUCAUAAUACAAAAUGUAAUAAAAAGAAGAAACAUCAGAAGCUAAAUGAUGAGGAUGCAGAACCAGUGGCGUACACACAGUUAAAAGAUGCAUAUGAGAAAUGGAUGGAGAAGCGAGAAGAAUGAAUGGUAGCUUAUAUAUGAUACAUAUAUAUUUAUUUUAUUUUUAUAUUUCGUUCGUAACAGGUAUGAGUUACUAUUUUCUUAUACUUACUUUUUGCAUUUUUAAUAAGCGCAUAUAUCUAUAUUCAUUCUACUCGAUAGAAUUUAUUCCGUACAUAUUAUUUUUUCGUAGAGCAGUAGAAUUCUUUCAAAUAGAGUAUGCAAACUUACAAUAUAUUAGUACUAAUAGAAUAUUUUCAUAUUCACGAGUGUGUUUAUAAGAAACUGUCUGUGCGAAUGUAUUCUUAUUUUUCCUCGCAAAGCGAGUUUAUAUAGCUACAGAUUUGUAUUACCUGUAUGCCGGUUGAUGAGUGCAGAGAAUUGUUUAUCAGAAUUUAAAAGAACAACAUUUAUAAGUUAGAAAGAAAACUUUCUAUAUGAGUUACUCCUUAAGAUUUUUGUACGAAUGUUGAUCUUCAUAAAUAUAUUCGCAGUGAAUGUUAACACUA